UUAACACCCAACAAUAACAUCAAUUGCUACGUCUUCAAGGUUUAGAGAGGAAAAAAGUUGUUGCAUUUCCUCGCUUUUACGUAUAUACACUGUGGUUUUUAUAUUUUAUGACGCUGCUUAUUGUCUGUAUGGAAAUCAGACAUUAUUUUAUAUUUUACGACAUGUAUAAUUAAUUUUUACGACCACAGUCAGAAAUGGGUUCUUCAUCUGAAGACGACGGUCACCUGAUAGUAAAGGAAGAGGACGUUGACGAGGACAUUGGCGAUGAAAUGGACCCGUGGGAGUCGCACACUCGUAGAUCAGCCUUCUCACCUUACAGGCCUGUGACUGUACUGACAAACCUUCAACGUGGGAAUAUUCAGACGCAGGCUGCUCAGAUUGAACCAGAUGACUUCACUCUUCACAAUAGGGCAGCCAUGGGAGAGUUGUCUGCAGAUGAUCUGAGAGAUAUUGAUGUUGAUGAAUUGGACAGUAAUGGAUUUUCACCAAUUAUGUGGGCAGCAUAUUAUGGACAACUGCCUACUGUAAAGCUGCUCAUUCAGAACAGAGCCAAAGUUAAUUUAGAGGGAGAAGAUGGAGAGACUGCUCUUCUGCUUGCUGCUAGUAAUGGUCAUCAUGAAAUUAUUAAACUUUUGAUCAGUUUUGGUGCUGAUCCGAACCAUGUUGACCAUAUGGGAAAUUCUGCUUUAAUGUAUGCUGCACAUAACGAUCAUUCACAUUGUGCAAACGAGCUACUAGAUCAUGGAGUAGACAUCACUACCACUAAUGUUGCUGGUACUUCUGCAUUCAGCAUUGCUGUUGCAAGAGGGAGUAAACAAGUUCAACUCAUCAUGGAGCGUCACAUAUUGAAGCUGCUCGAGCCUUCAUGAGAUCAUUGUUUGUCUGGAGGAAGUUUUUGUUGAUAAUCCUUAAAACUUAAGAUGGAGCAUAAAUACACUUGUCACUAACAACAUAUUAGGAAGUGAAGUUGCAACAUUUUAAUAUUAUUUGGAAUAUCAUGAGAAAGGUUAGAAUAUAAGAUUUUUUUUUUUAAUGCGUCGGCUGUCCCCACCAAAGCAGGGUGACCUAAAAGGAAAGAAAAAACUUUCAUCACCAUUCAACACUUUCACCAUCAUUCAUACAAAAUCGCUGUCUUUUAUAUUUUGUAUAAAAAUAAACUGCUGAUUAUGUUAAUUUUCAGUAUAGUUGCUAAAUGUACAUGUAUGUAUAUACAGGUGAGUACAGUGGUACCCCAAGUUUCAUACAGCUCCAAACUCGAACAUUUAUGCAAGUGUAUUAUUGUAAGUGCUUUUAUAAGUGUAUUUUUGGGGGUCUGAAACGGACUAAUCUAAUUUACAUUAUUCCUUAUGGGAACAAAUUCGUUCAGUAAUGGCACCCGAACAGCCUUCUGGAACGAAUUAUGUAUGAAACUCAGGGUACCACUGUAUGUAUUUUGUGUGCAAUAUGGAUAAUUCUUAUUAAAGAAGGCUAGAUGCAGUGACUGUAUGCUGCUUCCUUUUUUUUAAGUAUUUUUUGCCUCUCGUUGAAUAAUACUUUACUGUGUUAAAUAUAUUAGAUUUUAAGAAAACUGUAUCAUGUGUAACCUAGCUUAUAUCUUUUAUUUCUUAAAAUAUAAUAUUAAUCAUAAACUUUUAUUUCUUCUUUUAGCUACCUACUAACAUUUGAUGUACUGUACUAGACACGUUUGUCAUUGGGGACAAAAUGUACACAUCCAACCCAUUUUCAGACUAGAUAGUACAGACCUUUCUCCAACUUAUAACUGCCAGCUUGUGCUCCCCUUUCCCUGCCCACAACUGCGACUCUUAUUUUCUGACUAGAUAGCCCCUAAGCUACCCAAAUUUUAUGGUAUGAAAUUAGUUCCCAGAAGUGAAAUCCUCAGUUAUUACAUUGUGUCUAUAGGAGAUAAUAGUUUGACUAACUGGUUUGAUGGUUCUCCUGGAAUCACUUAGGUAAUAAAUGUGGGGGGUGUCUGGUAUGUUAACCCACAAACGGUCCAAGCAGAUCUACGUUCACAUGUGUAGUGCUACAAAAGUACGUAGAUUACGUUUUUUUUUUUACAUAUUUUCAAAUAUAACAAAAAAAAAGUAGAUCAAAGUUUUUUUACACAUUUUCAAAUGUAAAAAACAAAAAGAAGAUCUACUUUUUUUACAUACUUUCAAAUGUUGAAAAAACGUAUAUAUACGUUUGGACCGUUUACGGGUUAAUGCAUUUCUUCUGUAUUUAUUUAAGAUACAGUAUGUAUAUGUAUAUCCUAGGUAGUAGGUUGGUAGACAGCCACUGCCCAGGGAGGUACUACCAUCUUGCCAAGUGAGUGUAAAACGAAAGCCUCUAAUUGCUUUACAUGGUGGUAAGAUUGCUGGUGUCUAUUUUUCUGUCUCUCAAACAUGCAAGAUUUCAGGUACGUCUUGUUACUUCUACUUACACUCAGUAGGUCACACUACACAUGCAUGUACAAGCGUAUAUAUACACACCUCUCUGGAUUUUCUUUUAUUUUCUUACUAGUUCUUGUUCUUGUUUAUUUCCUUUUAUCUCCAUGGGGAAGUGUAACAGAAUUCUUCCUCCAUAAGCCAUGCGUGUCGUAAGAGGCAACUAAAAUGCCGGGAGCAAGGGAUUAGUAACUCCUUAUCCUGUAUACAUUACUAAAGUUGAAAAGAGAAAUUUUUGUUUUUCUUUUUGGGCCACUCUGCUUCUGUGGGAUAUGGCCAAUUUCUUGAAAGAAGAUAUGUAUACACCUAGGUAGUAGGUUGGUAGACAGCAACCACCCAGGGAGGUACUACUGUCCUGCCAAAUGAGUGUAAAGUGAAAGCCUGUAAUUGUUUUACAUGAUGGUAGGAUUGCUGGUGUCUUUUUUCUGUCUCAUUAACAUGCAAGAUUUCAGGUACGUCUUGCUUCUUCUACUUACACUUAGGUCACACUACACAUGCAUAUGUACACACCCCUCUGGGUUUUCCUCUAUUUUUUUACUAGUUCUUGUUUAUUUCCUCUUAUCUCCACAUAGUAUUGGAACAGAAUUCUUAGUCUGUAAGCCAUGUGUGUUGUAAGAGGCGGCUAAAAUGCCGGAAGCAAGGGGCUAGUAACCCUUUCUCCUGUAUAUAUUGCUAAAUUUAAAAGGAGAAACUUUCGUUUUUCCUUUUGGGCCACCCUGCUUAGGUGGGAUAUGGCCAGUUGAAAGAAGAUAUGUAUGUAUAUAUAUACACAUAGCACUUGCAAAAGAUAAUAGUUUGCAUAGAUUUAUAAAAGAUGCAACUAUUACAUUUAUAUUUUGUUUCGGCAUUAAAGAAAUGUUUGAAUGCUAUAUUGAAUAUAACAUUACAGGUGGGAUCAUAGUGUUUAAGACUUCACUGGAGAGGUGGAAGAAAUUCUCCCUGAUUUCUUAAGACUGCUCUGAUUUCUGUAUAAGCAGUAUAGAGCAUAAAAUAGCACAAAAGUUACAAUAUGAGUAACUAACAUAUGCUAAAGUCCUUUCUGAUAUAGCAUAUUAAAUUGGGUCGGCUGCCAAGACGUUCUUCCAUCUCCCCCUUCACCCCAACUCAUAUGCCUACGAGUCAUUUAAUUUGUUUAGUAGGCACUAAGGAAAUAUUUGAGUGCCAUUUUGAAUGAUGCAUUACAUGUGUAAGGAUUUUUGGUGGCACUAGGAAUGUUUGAGUGCCAUAUUGAAUUGCAUAUUACAGUUGUGGGAAUUUGGGGUAAAUUUAAAUGUUGUUGUUUAAAAAUAACACAUGUCAUAUUAUUAAGAUUUUAUAGCAUUAAAAACUGCAGUUUUCUAUUUUUUGUGAACCAUAUGGGAGUUACAGUUGAUAUAUGUACAUAGUUUGUACGACUGCAGUUACAGAAGAAACUCGCUAAUUAUGCAAUGCAUUUUAAGCGCACUAAUCACAAGGCUUACACUGAUAAUAAGCAAUGCUAUAAAAUCUUAGAUUUCUUGAAAAAUGUAACCUCUGUGAAUAAACUUUUCUUCAGAAGCAUAAUUAAGAAUUGAUUUUGCAGUAAGUUAAAAUGCAUUACAACAAAAUUUAUUUAAUUUUUCCUGUUAAAGAGAGUAAAUUUAAUGAAGUCCUUCAAUUACCUUGGCAGAAUAGUGCUUUUAUAACACUGGAAAUCUAUGACUGUACACGUGACAGCAUAUUAUAGUUUGCCCAUAAACUGAGUAUAUUACAGAAUAACAGUAUCCAUUGUCAUCUUUUGACUUAAUUUUUAGUUUCUUUACUUUGACUGAAUUUUCCUUUAACAGAUUCUUUAAUGAAUAUUGAGAUUUAUAUUUAUAAUAAAAUGCAGAAAUAGUUAAACUGGUCAAAGGACAGAGUUACUCAAUACACAAACUGAAAUAUGUAUCCUUAUGUUUCAGGAAUAUUAUGUACUAUGGGUACCAGUGUUUUGAAUAAUAAUAAUACAUUUAGAAAUACAUACUAAA